CGACCCGGGCUAGAGGCGGGACCAGCCGCCGCCGUCUCCGUCUCGCCUCCACGGCCCCCACACACCCCGCAGCCACCGCGGGAGGAGCGGAAGCCGCUGGCCUCGCCCGUCCACAGCCGUGCCGGCCUGAGCGCUGAAGAGCCGCAGCCGCCUCUCUCCGGCCCGACCCCUUCCGAGCGUGCCGUGAGCCCCGGCCCUGGCCCGAGCGCGCCCACCUGAGUGAACGCCAUGGCGGAGCAGGAGAGCCUGGAAUUCGGCAAGGCGGACUUCGUGUUGAUGGACACCGUCUCCAUGCCCGAGUUCAUGGCCAACCUUAGGCUCAGAUUUGAGAAAGGACGCAUCUACACAUUCAUUGGAGAAGUGGUUGUUUCUGUGAACCCCUACAAGGCGCUGAACAUCUAUGGGAGGGAUACAGUUGAGCAGUAUAAAGGUCGUGAGCUGUAUGAGAGACCUCCUCAUCUUUUUGCUAUUGCUGAUGCUGCUUACAAGGCUAUGAAGAGGAGAUCAAAAGACACCUGUAUUAUGAUAUCAGGGGAAAGUGGAGCUGGUAAAACAGAGGCCAGUAAGUACAUCAUGCAGUAUAUUGCCGCCAUCACCAACCCCAGCCAGAGAGCAGAGAUAGAAAGAGUGAAGAAUAUGUUGCUGAAGUCAAACUGUGUUUUGGAAGCUUUUGGAAAUGCCAAAACCAAUCGUAAUGACAAUUCAAGCAGGUUUGGAAAAUACAUGGAUAUCAACUUUGACUUCAAGGGAGAUCCCAUUGGGGGACAUAUCAAUAACUACUUGCUGGAAAAGUCUCGUGUGAUUGUGCAACAGCCAGGAGAACGAAGCUUCCAUUCUUUCUAUCAGCUGCUCCAGGGAGGUUCUGAGCAGAUGCUGCGCUCUCUACACCUCCAGAAAUCCCUUUCAUCCUACAACUACAUACGAGUAGGGGCACAGCUGAAGUCUUCCAUCAAUGAUGCUGCAGAAUUCAAAGUUGUAGCUGAUGCCAUGAAAGUAAUCGGGUUCAAACCGGAGGAGAUUCAAACAGUGUAUAAAAUUUUGGCUGCUAUUCUUCACUUGGGGAAUUUAAAAUUUGUAGUAGAUGGUGACACGCCACUCAUUGAGAAUAGCAAGGUUGUAUCUGUCAUAGCAGACUUGCUCUCUACUAAGACAGACAUGGUGGAGAAAACCCUUCUUUACCGGACGGUGGCCACAGGUCGUGACAUCAUCGACAAACAGCACACGGAACAGGAAGCUAGCUACGGCAGAGAUGCCUUCGCCAAGGCAAUAUACGAGCGCCUUUUUUGUUGGAUUGUUACUCGCAUCAACGACAUUAUUGAGGUCAAGAACUAUGACACCACAGUCCAUGGGAAAAACACUGUUAUUGGUGUCUUGGAUAUCUAUGGCUUCGAAAUCUUUGAUAACAACAGCUUUGAACAAUUCUGCAUUAACUACUGCAAUGAGAAACUGCAGCAGCUGUUUAUUCAGCUGGUUCUGAAGCAGGAACAAGAGGAGUACCAGCGGGAAGGCAUUCCUUGGAAACACAUUGAUUACUUCAACAACCAGAUCAUUGUGGACCUCGUGGAGCAGCAGCACAAAGGCAUCAUUGCAAUCCUGGAUGACGCUUGUAUGAAUGUUGGCAAAGUCACUGAUGGAAUGUUCCUUGAGGCUCUUAACAGCAAAUUGGGAAAACAUGGCCAUUUUUCCAGCCGAAAGACCUGUGCCUCAGACAAAACCCUGGAGUUUGACCGGGACUUUCGAAUCCGGCAUUAUGCAGGUGAUGUGGUCUAUUCUGCCAUUGGAUUUAUUGACAAAAAUAAAGAUACUUUAUUUCAAGAUUUCAAACGUCUCAUGUAUAACAGUUCAAACCCUGUGCUGAAAAAUAUGUGGCCCGAAGGCAAACUGAGCAUUACAGAAGUGACCAAGCGACCUCUGACCGCUGCCACCUUGUUUAAGAAUUCUAUGAUUGCUUUAGUGGACAACCUUGCUUCAAAGGAACCAUACUACGUACGUUGCAUCAAACCCAAUGACAAGAAGUCUCCACAGAUAUUUGAUGAUGAGCGCUGCCGCCAUCAGGUGGAAUACCUUGGACUACUGGAGAACGUGAGAGUGCGCCGGGCAGGGUUUGCCUUCCGCCAGACCUAUGAGAAGUUUCUUCAUAGGUACAAGAUGAUCUCCGAAUUCACCUGGCCUAACCAUGACCUUCCUUCAGACAAAGAGGCUGUCAAGAAACUCAUAGAACGAUGUGGUUUUCAGGAUGACGUAGCUUAUGGGAAGACCAAAAUUUUCAUUCGAACACCCCGCACAUUGUUCACCUUGGAAGAACUUCGUGCCCAGAUGCUCGUGAGGAUUGUCCUCUUCCUACAAAAGGUGUGGCGUGGCACCUUGGCCCGAAUGCGGUAUAAGAGGACCAAGGCAGCUCUGACAAUAAUCAGGUACUACCGCCGCUAUAAAGUGAAGUCAUACAUCCACGAGGUAGCCAGACGCUUCCACGGUGUCAAGAACAUGAGAGACUACGGGAAGCAUGUGAAGUGGCCAACCCCACCAAAAGUUCUGCGCCGUUUCGAAGAGGCCCUGCAGUCAAUUUUUAAUAGAUGGAGAGCAUCCCAACUCAUCAAGACCUUACCUGCUUCAGACCUUCCCCAAGUCAGAGCAAAGGUUGCAGCCAUGGAAAUGUUGAAAGGUCAAAGGGCAGACCUUGGGCUCCAGAGGGCCUGGGAAGGCAACUAUCUUGCCUCAAAGCCAGAUACACCCCAGACCUCAGGCACUUUUGUGCCAGUUGCUAAUGAACUGAAACGAAAGGACAAAUAUAUGAAUGUCCUCUUUUCCUGUCAUGUCCGAAAGGUUAAUCGAUUUAGUAAGGUAGAAGACCGAGCAAUUUUUGUCACGGACCGUCACCUGUAUAAAAUGGACCCCACUAAGCAGUACAAAGUGAUGAAGACUAUCCCUCUGUACAAUUUGACUGGCCUGAGUGUCUCCAAUGGAAAGGACCAACUUGUAGUGUUCCAUACAAAAGACAACAAAGACCUCAUUGUCUGCCUCUUUAGCAAACAGCCAACCCAUGAGAGUCGAAUUGGAGAACUUGUUGGAGUCCUGGUGAAUCAUUUCAAGAGUGAGAAGCGCCACCUUCAAGUGAACGUCACCAACCCGGUGCAGUGCAGCCUGCAUGGGAAGAAAUGCACCGUCUCUGUGGAGACCCGGCUUAACCAGCCACAGCCCGACUUCACCAAGAACCGCUCCGGCUUCAUCCUCAGUGUGCCAGGAAACUGAGUGCUGCACAUCAGAGGUCUGGCCAGGGGGAGCAAGAGCCUGAGCCUGGCACAAGGCUGGCCGGGCCCUCAGCCUCUCCAUCCCCAUACACGUUCCACCUUGCUCGGCAUCCCAGGAGCCCAGCUAAUUGCCUUCUGCCCUCUAAUAUCACUAGAAAUCAGCUUGCAAGGACCUCCAGUGAGCAGGGUCCUCUGCCUUCUCUGAGGCCCCGCUCAUGAGGGUCCCGCCUGGCCUUCUGCCCCUGCCUCUGUUCUCGCAACUUUCCAUGGUCCCUGCUGCUCAGGAAACCAAAGACCCUCUGCAGCCUCCUGGGCUGACAGCUAGACCACCUUUCACCCCACAAGCAACUGGAUAGUACCUGUAGUUGGGAAAAGGCCAGUGGCCACUGCUGACCCAGCAGAAGGGUAGGUGACCCGGAGCACAGGACAGUUUCUUCAGCCAAAGACACAUUCUCCUAGAGCUUUGGAGCUAGUGUCCAUGCGCAGAGGAUUAGCCCUGCUCUGUGACCUACCUGAUACCUUCCUUCCCCCACGUGGUUGCAGCCUUAGCACAAGCCCCACCCCAGCAGUCAGCCAAAGGCAGCAGGUGACAAAUUUGCCUGUGAAGCCACCCCUCAGCCAUGUUCAGCCAGGGGUCCCUCCUUCCAGAGCAGUCCCUGGGACAUCUUUGCCACCAAGGUUCCAGACCAGGGCUUUCUGACCACUUCCUCCCAUAGAGAUGCCCUGUUGCUAUUCAAGGGUCAGUCACCCUAACCUUCCUGAAGACUGCCAGGCUGCUAGUCAGAUGUUCCCUCUGCUAUAACCACAGUCAGGACAUGUGAGGGGAGGGUGGUACCUAGCUUGGCCCAUUCCCCUAACUCAGCUAGCCAUGCCUCCUCCUCCUCCUCACCGCAGAACUGGGACUCAUGGGGAAGCCAGAGCACACAGGACCCAGCUGUGGGAGGUGGGACAAAGCUGCAGCGAAGAUUUGGAGUCCUGGCACUGCAGGCCAGGCCAGGGUGCCCAGCUAUGCCUCAUACCUGUCUGCUGGAGCCUGGCCCCGAACCCCUGCUGGGAAAGAGCUUCCAGUUUGCCAGUGUCUGCCCAGUGAAGAGCAUGCCUGUUUCAGAGGCCAUCCUGAGACCCCUGCCCCCUGUCCCCACCUCAGCUGCCGAGGAUGAGGAGCCCUGUGGGCAGCGCAGGCUUGCUAUGAGAGCCUAACACACAAGGCUGGGAACAGAUAACCAGCAGGAGCAGCAGGGCUCACAGAGCAGGCUCACAUUUUUCUCACUUGCUGCCAGACUCUGCCCCCUAAGCCACCAAGUGACUGUGUGUCACCUCCUGUGCCUUGCCCAUGGCCUGAGGGAGUCACCUGGCUGACCAAGGUGGUUCUAGCCACUGGGUCUCAUAACCCCUUUUGCAGAGCUGUGGGACCGUUUACACUGCAGGCAGUUAACAACAAAGGCUCUGGCUGCCAUGCUGUCCUCGGGAUCCUUUCUCAUCCUCCAAGCUUGGUCAGCUGCCCGUGCAGUGAGGAGGUACUGCCAGCCCGGUUUUGCCAAUCACCAGUGGACACUGACAGCCAUCUGACUGGACUGUCGCCUUUCCUUCCCACUUCCUCCCUCAGCAUGUCGCUUUAAACUAGCCGUGCUUGAGUGUGUUCAUACACACCAAAGCCGGUCAUGCCAAAGGAGUCACAGACUGCAGGCUGGGGGGCGGGGGGAGGCUCUCCUCUUGCCUUCUGAUAUAGCCUGGGACCCCUGAUCCAGGCCAGAACCUCUCACUGAGGAACUGUCCUGUCCACGAGCACUUUCUUAUGACCUAAAAGUCAGUGUGGCACCUGAAGGACCUGGAAUUGGGGACGUGAAUGAUCACAGUAAGGGGAAGGGAUGGGACAUAGUGAUUGUAUACAUGGAGUGGGGUCUCUCUAUUUAAUGAAAUGCAGUGUAUGGUUUGGUGCAUAUAUUCCUACUUUCCAUUAAAUUAACUUUAUUUCUAAAGCAUAUUUUGAUUUACCAUCAAGAGCAAUAAAGCAUUUAAUCUUA